AUGGAUGAGUUUAGUAAGUUAUCACUGGUUGAUAGUGGAUCUGCAGUACAAGAAGAAGAUUUACAAGCAAUCUUAGGUUUGAACAUCUGCGAAAAUGACAGCACUAAUAUCGACUCUACUAAAAAGCAAAUAUCCCAAAGAGUAAUGGACAGGCUUUUAUCGCACGCACCGUCGAGCCCGUCACCACUGCGACAAUCCGUUUUUAUAGACGAAGCAUAUGAUGAAAUGGAUGUAGACCCAGUGGAAGAGAGCACUUCGCAAGGCCCAAGUGCUGAGAAUAUUGCUCUUGAAAACGAUUUGUUAGUUGAAACAGAAUCCGAAGACGAGGAAAAGCAGCAGUUAGCAUCCCCGAAUAGUAGAGCUGUUAUUAGGGCUCUUUUAUCCCCAACAAGUCUGGGUGUCGCCGCAGCCACCAAGUUAGAAAACGCAGCUGGAAAUUUAGAUGACCAGGAGGAAAUCAAUGGGGUGAAUGCCUCGGAGCAUAAUUCAACUCCUAUGCAUGAACUAAAAGAUGCUAGUACCGGUGUUGCUCUGAAUCCAGCGGAUCUGAACGAGCUGCGACAAAGAUCUCAGCACCAACCAAUCCAGAUAUCAAUUAACAACAAUCACUUCUACUAUCCACCUCCUGGAUUUCAACCUCAAACAGAAAGAGUUCACCACGAUGGUGAUUCUUUAAAACUACCAAACCCAUGGUCUGUAUACUCAAGACCGGCUUCUCGUGUCUCAUACAACCUUACGUCGUACCUGCAAAUAUCACUAAAUGCAUUCACGGUUUUGGCAUUCCUAUCAUUUGUUCUGAUCUUCAUGCGCGCGCUCAAGGCUGAUUUAGGAUCUGCUUGGCACGUAGCGAAAAUGGAGCUUAGCAGCGAGUCUUCGCAAUGUCGGGUACAGUACGACGUUAAUAAUUGUGAUAGAAGCACACGAGUGGAAGCCAUGGAAGCCCAGUGUAAUCGUUGGGAAAAGUGCAUGGCUCGGAACAAUGACUUGUUUUUUGGCGCGCGGACAGCUAUUAGCGCUCAACUUGUUGGAGACGUUGUGAAUUCUUUCGUAGAACCACUGGGUUGGAAGACAUUGGGAGUUGUUCUCUCUGGACUGGCGAUUUGGUGUUUCAGCUCAAAUUUCAUUUUAGGGUUCGCUCGCGCCAAGAGUUAUUAUGGAGAUGCGCAUUUUGACAGGUCAUUAAAAAAAGGUCGUACUGAGGACAGGACAAGGUCAAUUAUGCUCCAAGACUAUGAUAAUGAACUGAUGGAAUAG